AUGUCGGCAACCGAAAAAAAGCUCCCUCCGGACGGAGGGGACAAAAGCGGGGCGACCGUGGACAUCAGAAGGCUCAGCUCGGGGCGUCUGCACCCUGUGCCCGAUGAAUGUUUGGAGUACGUAGAAGGCUCCGUCUACGACUACGACAUUCCAGAGGAUGUUCACGGAUACGAAGAAGACGAGUCUGUCUACCGUACGGCGGAGGAUGUUCACGAAGAAGACGGGUCUGUCCACGACAAACCAGAACCAGAGGCCGCUCACGGAAACAAAACUCCUGGCGAGGAAGAAAGCUUUGCCUACAAGGCUAAAGCCCGUGUCAUUGGCCUGUGGACUAGGGUGAUAUCUAGCAGAGUGAUCGUGCCUGCAGUGGGUUGUGGGAUCGUGGUGAUAGCGUCAGCUGUCGCCGCUAUAAUCCUGACAACUUUUCUCGGCCUUGCGAGAACUCAGGACGCACUUGGCUCAAUGAUGCAAGAAGACAUGAUGAUCAGGGCAAACCUACAGAAAGUGAGCUCUCCAUUCCUGACGACAUUCUUCGACUAUAACCACACUGCUGCACUGGAAUGGCUGGAGCCAUUUGCAAACAUCAGCCUGGACUCCAAGACCCUGCCAGUAACCGUCACGUCUCUGCCAACCACAGACCUGAAUGAAUGUACAAAGACACCAUGCCUACAUGGACGCUGUGUGAACAAAGAUGGCGGAUACAAAUGUACCUGCAACCCUGGAUGGACUGGACAGAACUGUCAGCAAGACCUGAAUGAAUGUACAAAGACACCAUGCCUACAUGGACGUUGUGUGAACAAAGAUGGCGGAUACAAAUGUACCUGCAACCCUGGAUGGACUGGACAGAACUGUCAGCAAGACCUGAAUGAAUGUACCAAGAAACAAUGCCUACAUGGACGCUGUGUGAACAAAGAUGGUGGAUACAAAUGUACCUGCAACCCUGGAUGGACUGGACAGAACUGUCAGCAAGACCUGAAUGAAUGUACCAAGAAACCAUGCCUACAUGGACGCUGUGUGAACAAAGAUGGUGGAUACAAAUGUACCUGCAACCCUGGAUGGACUGGACACAACUGUCAGCAAGACCUGAAUGAAUGUACCGGAAACCCAUGCAAACAUGGACGUUGUGUGAACAAAGAUGGCGGAUACACAUGUACCUGCAACCCUGGAUGGACUGGACAGAACUGUCAGCAAGACCUGAAUGAAUGUACUGGAAAUCCAUGCCUACAUGGACGCUGUGUGAACAGAGAUGGCGGAUACACAUGUACCUGCAACCCUGGAUGGACUGGACAGAACUGUCAGCAAGACCUGAAUGAAUGUACCAGAAACCCAUGCAAACAUGGACGCUGUGUGAACAAAGAUGGCGGAUACAACUGUACCUGCAACCCUGGAUGGACUGGACAGAACUGUCAGCAAGCCAAACAAUGUCCUGCGGGGUGGAGUGGAUAUAAGAACCACUGCUACAAGUUGAUGAAAGAUGCAGCCAAAUGGAAGAAGCAAAGAAACGAUAGUGAACGACUCGGUGCAAAUCUGGCAUCUGUCACAAGCCGUGACGAGGCCAACUUCAUCAACACUAUCAUCACUGGCGCUCCUAAAGGGCAGUGGCAGAAUUAUUUCGUCUGGUUUGGACUUCGUCGCAAAGACGGAUUCAGGAAGUUUACGGAUGGGUCACCGGUUACCUACACAAACUGGGAGCCGGGUCAGCCCAACGACAAACGCAGUCUCUUCUCAGCAUUCAAGGGACAGGACUGCGUCGGCAUGUACUCAAAGACUGGCAAGGGGUGUAGCGGCAUGAUGUUCAAGAAUGUAUAUGUGGAAAAGGGACAGUGGAAUGAUGACCAGUGCUACCGUUCCUAUCCGUUCAUCUGCAAGCGUCCAAAAUGA